CACUAACUCGUCGUCCGCCUCCUUCCCAGUUCCCGGGACGCUGUCAGCGGACGCGGCAACGCUGUCGCCCCUCGAUUCUUCGAUCGGCCUCUUCCGCGUGGUCUCCGCCCCCUCGAGCCCCACCGGUGGUGCAUAAACGAUGAUGGCAAUGCAUACUUCAGCCUUAACAUUUUAUACUGAAACUAUGUGUAUUCCACCAUCAAAAUACUCUAGAUCAAGAUUUUUUCAUGCGUCUUUUAUGCAAAGAUGUGUUUUUGGUCAUGAAGAAAGGAUUUAUCCUUGCAUUUGUUUCCUCAAGCUAGCUGCACCAUCAGCUAAUAACCCCAGGAGGAUGAGCUGGGCUGCAAGCAGUAUGGCAGAUGGCAACAGAUCAAACGCAUCUGAAAGCGGCACAAAUCCAACAACCCGUUUGGUCAGAACCAUUCAAUCUUUCCAAACAAAGUUGAAUACUCGGAUCAAGCAGUUGAAGAAGGGCCUGUCGGUUAAAGUUUUCUUCUUCUUGGUGGGAUUCUAUUGUGCUACAGCAUUUGCCACUGUCAUUGGACAAACUGGCGACUGGGACAUUCUUUCUGCAGGCUUGGCCGUUGUUGUAGUUGAGGGGAUUGGUGCCCUCAUGUACAGGGCUUCUCUUCCUUAUGCCAACAAAAUAAGGAAUCUAGUUACUGUCUUUAAUUACUGGAAGGCAGGGCUUUCCUUGGGCUUGUUCUUGGAUGCAUUUAAAUAUGAAAUUGAUUCGUUCUUCGAGUCAUGUAAACCAAUGAAUAUUGAAAUAGAUAUAUUUCCUCCAUUUUGGUAAAUGCAUUAUUUUAGUGCAUGCAUUUGUACA